GGCAUGGAUUGUGAGAUGGUUGGUGUUGGUGAGCAAGGAAAACAAUCAGUUUUAGCUCGAGUCUCACUUGUUAAUCAAUUUGGUAACUGUAUUUACGAUAAAUAUGUUAAGCCACUUGAACCAGUUACCGAUUACCGAACAUCAGUCAGUGGUAUUAGACCAGAGGACAUUGCCAAUGGAGAAGAUUUCAAGACAGUUCAAAAAGAAGUUUACGAUAUAGUUAGUCCUAAAAAUCGAAUUCUUGUUGGUCAUGCUUUACGAAACGAUCUUCGGGUUCUUAUCUUAGACCAUAUUAUUCCUAAAAGCCGAAUCAGAGAUACAGCAAUUUAUUUUAAGAAAAUGUUGAAAGGUAAAACACCUUCACUUAAACGAUUAACAAGUCAACUUUUAGGUGCUAAUAUUCAGUGUGGUGAACACGAUUCUGUUCAAGAUGCGAAAGCAGCAAUGAUGUUAUACACAAUGUACAAGAAGAAAUGGAGUCAAAGAAAACGAAAAUUAAACAAUCAGUUAUUAAAUAAAUGA